CCGCACAAUUUUGUGUUCAACAUGGCGACUUCCAUUGAGCCCUCGUUUUGUGUUUGGAAAGCACUUAUUUUAAAGCGAUUGCAAACGCGAAAUGAGCUUGAAACCAGGAGUUUUAAAGCAGUACUGGAGUCACAUAACAAGCUGUUCAUAAACCUCGACUCGCUGCGGGCACAGAACCUGCAGCUGCAGAUUCAGGUGGAGAAACUCAGGCUGGAAAACGGCGAGCUCCAAAUCAAAGUGCAGGCAGGAGGCACCGGAGGAAGCAAAGGAGAGAAAACGCAGGCGCUGGAACAGAAGCUCUUCAAACUUCAAGAGGAGCUGACAGACAUGCAUCGGAAGAAAGGAGAGAAUGCCCAACAACUCAUUGAUCUGAGUGCCCAGCUUCAGGAGAAAGACAAGGAGUUGCAGCUCAAAGAGUCAAGGCUGCAAGAAGCAGACAUCAAGAUAAGUGCUUACGAAGACGAAAUGAAAAACCUGGAGAAGGCACUGAUGGAACUACAGAAAACAAACGAAACUCUGAAGGACGAGCAGGAUGCCCUGCAGCUCCUGUACACCAAGACCGAGGACACCAUCCGGCGCGUGCAGGAGGAGAACGCUGAGCUGGUCACCCGCUGGAUGCAGGAGAAGGCCGCCGACGCCCUGCGCAUGAACCAGGAGAACGAGAGUUGGCUACGGCGCAAGCAGGAGGAGGUGCAACGCAAGCUGGUGGAGGCGGCCAAAGACAUCCACGUGGAAGCUGACACCGGGAACUCAAGAUACCAAGACAUGGCUUCGCCCACCUCCUCAGCAAUCUGUAUCUGUGCCGUGGUGCCAGACAAAGCUAUAUCCCAUCUGGACGCCCAUGAUGGUGAAGUCAACGCUGUGAGGUUCUGCCCCUCGGGUCGGAUGUUCGCCUCGGCGGGGGCUGACCGCAAGGUCAAACUCUGGGAGUUGACCAGCUUAACGGCCUCGUGUCAGUCCAAGGGUGUCCUCAUGGGGAGCAAUGCGGCUGUCAUGUGCAUCGAUUUUGACCAACAGGAGCAGUUUGUCCUCGGAGCAUCCAAUGACUAUGCGACAAGAGUGUGGGGGGCACAGGAUCACAGGUUACGACACACACUCACAGGUCAUAGCGGCAAAGUGCUAGCUGCCAGGUUCCUGGGCGAUUCUAACAAGGUGGUGUCUGGAAGCCACGACAGAACUCUCAAAAUCUGGGAUCUCAGGAGUCGUGCCUGUACGAAAACUAUUUUUGCAGGAUCAAGUUGCAAUGACCUCGUCACCAGCGAUGGCAGGGGGACGAAUAUCAUCAGUGGCCACUUUGACAGAAAGAUACGGUUCUGGGACACAAGGUCAGCCGACGCAAGGGCCAACGAGUUUGAGCUCUCUGGCAAGAUCACGUCACUGGAGCUGAGCCCCGACAGGCACUACCUGCUCUCCUGCUCCAAGGACGACGCGCUCAAGCUGAUCGACGUUCGGAUGAACAAAGUAGUGGGCACAUUCUGUGCGGACGGUUUCAAAGUAUUCUUAGAGUAUACCAGGGCAGCGCUCAGCCCGGAUGGGGUCUACGCGGCGUGCGGCUCACAGGAUGGCGCCAUCUACGUGUGGAACAUGCAGACGAUGAAACUAGAGAAGACAAUCAAGGAACACAGUGCUCCUGUUAUAGCCGUAACCUGGCACCCAAACGGUACUAAGAUGCUGAGCUGCGACCGUAACAAGAAGGUCAUCAUGUGGGCCGACUUCUGAAAGGAAUGCCGCCUGGCGCCCAUUCUCAGCAAGAUAUCUGGGGAAAGCCAACACAUUUGGAAGGCCAGCACUCCUUAUUUGAAAUUCCUGAUCUGGUGUACCUCUGUCAAGCCUGUCUGGGGUACGCGCGCAUCUGCGCCAGGAAUGAAAGACCGGCAAUUGUUUUCACGGUUUGUCGGGCACGCCAGCGCCCUGUGAUUUGAUGGGAAGUACAGAGAUAAAACUGAGUCCCAAAAAAAGUUUAGAGUUUAGAGCUCAGACCAGAUUGUGAAUUAUAUCUCACGAAACCUUCAACUCCUACACUUUUAAUAAGAUUUUAAGAUACUUUUCUGUUGACGCUGGUAAACAUUGGGAAAACCUGUCCCACGUAACAUUUGAAAUGUCAAAUUCUUGAUCGUAAAGCACUGAAAAUGCUCUUUGUAGUGCAUGCGGAAAGGGUGUCUUAAUACCUCCCUGGCUGCAUGUACAUGUGUAGGAGGGUGUUUAUUGUGGGUCAGAGGCAGCGGCUGGACUUGGCAGAGAAGGAAUUCAGUGUCAAAUGGAACCAUUUUGCUGACCAUAGUUGACAGGGGUCAUAGUAUGAAGGGGUGUGAAGGUAUCCUACUUUAAGCAGUGGCAUGUCCUUGCUUGGGAGAGGGGGCAAGUGAAUUUUUAUUUCUAAAAGCGGCUGUCCAGAAGUUUUUGUCGUUGAAAAAAUGCUGGCACCUUUAGUUCCUUAAUGAAAAAAAAAAGAAUAUCCGGCAUGAUUCCAAGGGGGCAACUUGACCCCUUCCCCACUGGCACCCCCCUCCCCACUGCAUACAAUACUGACUAAAAGAGUGUGUAACCAUGGUAACAGCUGGAGAUAUUUUGGACGUAUUUUAACCUUAUGUUUCUAAAGAAAUACAUGAAAUUUGGCAACUUCUUUUUUUGAGGAACUUUAACCUAAACCCUUCCAAGUCUUUCAAAAUCUGUUUGGAAAUCUUCAUUAGGAUUUUGCAGGAUUGAGGAAGGCGGAGUCCACCUGUUGUUGCCUCAUCUGCAAAGAAUGCGUGGUUUGUGUUCUGCACAGUGGAUGAUUUUGGAGGAUUUAAGGAAGGUUCGUUACCUCCCCUCCCCCGAUCCACCUUUGCAAACUGCUUGUCUCCGAUUCAGCCGGUCUGGCUGUCAAAAUGCAAAAUGCAAUGAGAAUAGAAUAUUAUUACGUAUAUCUAUGCCGUUUUAGAGCUUAAAUAGUAUACUGUUUUGGGCUAUGUGACAAAGAAUCAUGAAUGUUGUGCAGACAUGGCGUCCGUCCUGUUUGAGACUGGUAUUUGAUCGUGCCUCUAGCCGAUGAAUGGUAACAAAUUACUCCAGGUGAGAAACAUUAUAUUUGACUGAAUUGUGUACAAAAUUGCAGACUGACUAACUUAAGUGUUUGUUCUCGUAAUUUAUUUGAUCGACGGGCCUGUUUUUGUAGAAAUAAUUCGUACAAGGGCAUGUAUAUAUUUAGGAUUUUUUAGGAUAUGAUACCAGUUUUCUUUCAGAAAAAGCGUUCUCAUAUACAUUGUACUUUAAAGAAAAAAGAACUUUCCGAAGUCCGUUUGCGAAGAGUAUUCUAAAUUUCUGGCCAAAUUAGUCAAUGUAAAAGUGAUGUGUUUAACAAUUACCAAGCAUUAACCGGUUCACUUUAUACAAUGCAUUUUUUUACUGUAGAAUACGGGAUUACGGGCGUUUCACAAUAGUGCACCUCCAGGAGUUU